CUAUUUCAGGUGGCAGUAUUUCUACUGAAACGCUUGAGCCGAGACUUUUUUCAGUUUUGUGGGAUUUCACUGGUUCUGCUUUGUCAAGCGUAACUUGUGUUGUGACUUCAAGUAUGGCGUCCCCCAGUCCUGAUUUGUCGGCAUCCCGUAAACACAAACCAGAAGACCCUUCCUUGGGAACUCCGCACUCGCACCAAGGAGAUGCUCGCCAGUGGUGAUCGGAGCGAUGUCCAGUUCUGCGUUGGCCGUGAUUUCGGUGCGGUAAAGGUCUUCAAGGCCCACAAGAACAUUAUCAGCAUUCGCAGUCCAGUGUUCUGUGCCAUGUUCUAUGGAAGCCUGGCCGAAAAAGAUCCGCAGAUCGACGUUCCUGACUGCGUACCUGACGCGUUUGCCAACAUGCUCAGCUGCAUGUACACGGAUACCGUGGAGAAUCUCAGCGCGGACAACGUCGUCCCGACAUUGCGCUGCGCUGAUAAGAACGAUUUUCCGGAGCUGACCAGCCUGGGCUUGAAGUUUGUGGAGACCCGGAUGAACAUCGGUGACUGCUUGGUCACUCUGGAGCGGGCCAUCCAGUGGCGCGCCGAUGAUAUGGUGGAGAAAUGCCUGCAGCUGGUGGAACGGCAGAGCGGCGUCAUUCUGCAGACGGAGCAGUUCAAGGCCAUCGCGCAGGACACGCUGAAGAUGAUUCUGCAGCGCAAUGCUCUACGCGCGGAUGAGCAUGACAUCUACUUGGCUGUUGAAAGAUGGGCCGUGGAGGCCUGUAAGCGGAAGGAUCUGGAGCCGUCGGCGGCAAACCGACGCACAAUCCUGGGCGAUGCGUUAUAUCUCGUCCGUUUUCCGCUGAUGAACGCCACGCAACUAGCUAACGGUCCUGGCAAGAGUGGUGUGCUCCUGGAGAGCGAGCUACUGAGUGUCUUCCUGUACCAGAACGGAGUCCUCCCGUCCAAGCUACCCUUUACCGCGGAGAAACGCGGCACCGACACAACACAGCGCACCGGCCAGGCGGAGUUCUAUAAGGGCGAGGAGAUGUUCGUGUUGAGUUCGGCCGGUGGCUGGUGGCAUCCGGCCACGUUCCUCUGGAAGGGUAAUGCGUGGGUCAAUGAGGUGAUGUGGUGCGCCAGCGGAAAUCACGGAAAGGUGUUGGAAGGGGAGACGGUGCGGUCGGCGGAUAUCCUGCAGAGCGGCCAGAAGCUGUACUGUAUGAAGGUGGCGGGGCGGCAGCGUGCCGCCACCUACGUGAAGCGUCUGAACCGCAGCAAGCACCUUAUUCGGUUUAAUGCGUCGGAGGAGGCCGAGUGUGAUUUCUCCGAGCUGAUGCUGCACAACAGCCAUGUGGUGGCAUGGAAGGCCAGCAAAAUCGGCUAGUAG